CAUCAUUUUGAAAUCGAAACUCGUUCGUAGCGGUCGUUGGUCGUGGUGCAGCGGUGCGCGAGCAAGCACAAAAAUAUACUUAGAAUUUUGAUAUAUAAAUAAAGAAUUGAUCAGCAACUAACAUCAAUCUAGCAGAGUCAUAUCGAAGCACCGUGUAUGUUUAAAGCAUUCUUGUUGGCAUAAAACGGCAGCGACUUCUCAAAACGUAUCCAAAACGCAUUCGAGUUCAAUAAAUAGCAAACGUGUCGGCAGAUCUCGAUCAAUUAAUAACUACUUGUAACUAAGUUUGCUGAUUUCGUAAUAGCAACAAAACAUUUGCCUUGCCUAGCCUAGCCAGGCAAAGAAUUCUCAAAUACAAAUACAAACACAAAAAUCAGCUGAAGGCCCGCACGCACACACAGGCACAGAAACCUAAUGCGAUAGACACAGUGAAAGUGCGCGUGUAUGUGUGAUACACAGAGCAAAAGAAAAAAUUUUAUUAACUUGCGGUAUCAGCAUUUAAGUAAAGCAACCCAAAAACCGUCUGCUUAACCAAUUUUGGUAAUAGAAGACAAAGAAUUAAUCAAAUACAGCACAAUGAGCGGAUACACAGACCUCACCAAGCUGGAGACUAGUCGGAACUGCCUGCGUCGCAUUGCGCGUCACGAUGAGCAGCAGUUCUCCAAAGACUGCAUUGUCAAUGUGAUGGAGAAGUUCGUGAAGACAGUUAACAUAAUGGAUGAUACUAUACUGGUGCCAUGCAGGCUCAUGGAUCGGCAGAUCGGUGAUAGCACUGAUAUAAUACCUGCAACGGGCAAGGAUACAACCGCCAAUCAGCUGACAAAAAGUUCCAGUGCCGAGGGCAAACGUGGCGCGGCACACUCAAAGAAUGUGCACGAGUUCCUCAGCGCCUCGGAGCUCUUCAAUUUGUAUACGGUGCUGAACUCACUGAAGAAGGAUCUGCUGUGGACAAACAAUCAGGAUGAUGAUGAUGAUGAAGACAAUACAGAGCGGGAAGCGGAGCAACACCAACAGCAGCAACAGCAACAGCAGCAGCAGCAGGAGAUCAAGACUGAGUCCAACACAAAUAGCAACAGCAGCAGCAGCAGCAGCAGUCGAAGCUCUGCGAGUGUCAAGGGCCAUGUGAGACGGACAUCGACAGCAUCGAUGAUGUCCACCACAUCGGUGAGCAACCUGAGCGAUUCCGAUUCAGAUAUGUCGAACGAGAUCGACUCGGGCCUCGAGUCGGAUGGCAACAAGAGCGACAAUGCGCAAAGCUCCGAUGGCAGCGACAUAGCCGAUGCCGCCUGCCAAAAGUCCAGCGACAAGGCCACCGAGCUGGCCCGUCGCUGCAAAAGACACUUGAAUGGUCUGUACCAGUGCCUGGAACAAAUGACAGAGGCGGCCAACUACCUGACCGCCAGAUACCAAAGUGAUAUUGGCGCCGUUUAAAGGGAAGGAAAAUGAGUGGAGAAAACUAAGUAAAUAGUAAAAGCGGUUGCCAACUCCUGGGCGGGCUCUAAUCAUGUAAACCAAAUAGGAAAAAAGUAAAGAAAAAAAAGAAAAACUCAAAAAAAAA